AUGCAAAAGGACCUCGACACACGGAUAUCUGAGAGGGAGAGAGAAAGGGCGCCUCCGGGCACCCCCCCCAGGGAUGACACCUUGGACCCCAAGGAGCUCACCGAGUGCGUGGAGAUGCUGUGGCAGCUGGAAGAGCCACCCGAGGAGCUGUGCGAGGAGUUCCUGAGCCACGCUGGCGCCCGCCUUGAGGCUGAGCUGGCAGCGCUGGAGGCCGAGCUGCCCCCGGCCGACCCCGGGGAGUUCUGUGCGGAGGCGGUCCGCGAAGGGCUGGUAGUGGCCUUCGUGCGCUGGCUCUGCCGUACCGCCCGGGGCUUCGCCGACGGCCCGGCUGAGCGGGGGGCCCCCGCGGCACCCCCGGCCCUGCUGCUGCUCCUUGCCCGCCUCUGUCUUGACUAUGAGGCCACCACCAUCAGUUACAUCCUCACUCUCACCGAUGAGCAGUUUCCCCCCCAGGACACGGGCCCGGCAGUGACACCGGGACCAGCACUGUGUGCAGAGGCGCGGGGGGCGGCGCAGCGGCUGCUCGACCACUACGUGCAGGUCCAGGGCGCCGCGGUGGCACAGAUGCUUAGGAAGAGCGUGGAGACGCGAGACUGGUUGGGCACCGUCGAGCCCCGCAACGUUCGUGCUGUAAUGAAGCGCGUGGUCGAGGACAUCACCGCCAUCGAUGUCCAGGUGGGGCAGCUCUUCGAGGAGGGGGUGCGGCGGGCGCAGAGCAGCGAUUCGAGCCGGCGCGCCUUCUCCGUCUACAGCAGUUCACGGGCACCCGGGCGCUACGCCCCCAGCUACACCCCCAGCGCCCCCAUGGACACCCACCUGCUCAGCAACAUCCAGAAGCUCUUCUCCGAACGCAUUGACAUCUUCAGCCCUGUCGAGUUCAACAAGGUGUCGGUGCUGACUGGGAUCAUCAAGAUCAGCCUAAAGACGCUGCUGGAGUGUGUGCGGCUGCGGACAUUGGGGCGCUUCGGGCUGCAGCAGGUGCAGGUGGACGGCCAUUACCUGCAGCUCUACCUCUGGCGCUUCGCCGCUGACGAGCGGGUGGUGCAGGGGCUGCUGGACGAGGUGGCUGCCAGCGCCGCCCACCGCUGCCUCGACCCCGUCCCCAUGGAGCACAGCGUCGUCGAGCUCAUCUGCGAGCGCGGGUAGGACAUGGGGACACACAGGGGCAUGGGUUGAUGUACAGGACAUGGCGUCGCGUAGCGGGGGGACACAGGGACAUGGGACAUCUGUGUCACCAUGGGGCACAGCCGAGUGGGGACAUCUCUGGGAGGGGCACGUCUUAGGUCCUGUUAUGUGUCUGGGGACAGACCUGUACCCCGUGAGUCCCCACACAUACAUGGGGACGCUCCAUGUGUCCUCCCCCACAUGGCAACACACAAGGACGUCCCAUGUCCCCACACCCACACAGGGUCACCCCACGCCGUCACGCCCCCCCCCCCCCACCCCCAGCCCUGGGAA